AUUCAACUUUUGGACGGCCAGUUCGCGUCCGUCCAUGAUGAGGCAGUGGCUAGCGGUCGCGCUCGCGUCCGUGGCGAUAGCGGACCUGCCUCCGGGAGCGCUGGCGCUGCCGCCGCCGGUCCCGCUUCUCCUCCCCGUCUACAUCGGUGACGCUCCGCUGGUCGUCCCACUGCCGCUGCCUCUGAUCGUUGAAGACAACCGAGACGCGCUGCAGCAGCACUUGGCCGACUUUUGCGCCGCGCAUGGCCUGCCAAGCACGCGCUGCAAGGUCGUGUACGAGGCGCUCACGACAGCUGCGUGGGCCACGGACGAGAAGGCGGUCUUCCUCGUCGUCAACGACCUGCUAUGGCAGUGGGUCGACAUGCCGGCAGAGAGUCUCGCCAGUCGCAUCUGCCACUACGUCGCGGUCCAAGCCAACCACCCGCACAUGCUCGACCCGUCCAUGUGUCUAACGACGCUCGAGCUCGCCUUUGCGCGCACAGAAGCCUGGAAGCGCAUGAGCAAGGCCGGCCUGUCUCUGCCAUAUGCCCCGGCGCCAACCAACGUCAUUUCCAAUGCAACAGCACCGAGCGUCGAGAAUGUCGCCAAGGUCAUCGAAGAGAUCGAUAGCGCCGACCUCCUCGACCCAACGCCCGAGCUGUCGACGACGAUCCCAACGGCCGAGAGCGCCAUAUCCGAGCCAACGCCAGACGCGCUACCUUUGCCAGAGACCGUGGACGACGGCGGCGACGAAGCCAAAGUCCAUGCGCCUGUUCUCGAGGUCACCUCGGACGACGACGUUCUCGAGGUCACGGAUCUGGACGACGAAGAGUCAGUUCCGACCGAUACGCCCAUGUCGCAGCCCCUCUUGGCUGGCCCCAUGGCCCCUGUUUUUUCUACUGCGCCUGAAUCUGCAGCGAUCGUUGACGACCCAGCACGCCAAGACGACGAUGAUGCUGCAGCGCUUGUCGACGUCGCUCCGAUCGAGUCGGCGACCGUGCACGAUGCGCUGGCAGAGACCGUGCCGGCGCAGGGUACUACACCCAUCGAACAAGAUGAACAAAGCAGCUACGAUGACGACACGACGACGACAGAGACGGUAUUGGCGCCGGCGCGGCCCGUGUCCAGCGGCAGGUACCUCCACCACGCCGUCUUGGACCGCACUCGAGGCAACUUGACCAGAUCCUAUCAUGAUGCCGACACUGCCAUGCUGCAGUGCGCCAUCGACCUCAUUCCGGCCGUCGACGCUGACGUGCUUGUCGUGGCGCCUGCCGCGCCGAUCCUUGUCGACGUCAAAGGCCAUGGUAGCUGCCCGACCCAUGUCGCCGACCAUGCGUCGCCGGUGCUUGUCGUCCUCUGGGCCAUCGUGCUCGGCAUCAUUGCGCUCCUGUGGCGGCGCAACCUGGUCGCGGCCGCGCAGCUCGACGUGUGCGCCGCCGAGAUCGCCCGCCUCCACGCCGCGCAAGCAGCGGCGAUCGAGGACGCACGCGCUGACAAGGAAGCCCUUGCGAUCGCACUGCGGGAGCCAACUGCUUUGCGGCACCAGCUCGCCGAGGCGAGUGCGCGCUUGGCGUCGCUGCAAGACGAAAAGGACGCGCUCGACAGCAGUCGCUGCGCCGAGAUGGACGCGCUGCGCCAACAGAUUGCCAGCUACGAAGCCGUCCUCGCCGAGAAGGAUCGCCAGCUCGCAGCCCAACACGCUCUGGCGUCCUUGCGCGAAGAAGCGCGCGACGUGGAAAUGCCCGCGCCUCUACCGGACCACGACGACGACGUCAGCGUUGAAGCUGUUGCGUUGCCCGCGAUGCGAUCGCCGAUGGUUCGCCAGAGCAGCAGCCUCUUGGACACGGUCAUUAGCAACCAGGAGGGAAACGCGCGGCCAAAGCACAGCCGGUUCGGGUCGGCCGCACGCACGAUCGCCCUCGGCUGGAGUCUCAUGCACGUGCCCAAGGCGUCGACGACGGCGCCCGUUCCAGGUUCCGAGCUCGCGACCGCAGCCUAGUUCAUGCGUGCCUCUUGUACGUAGCAUCGUAGCCACACCCUCCAGUACGCCCAUUGUUAACACCAUCAUAUAUUCAUUCCCACAUGCAACAUUUAC